AUGGAGGAAGCCACGGCUCUGGCCAACCUCGCGUUGCCUCAAACGAAUCUUGAGACGAUCUCGCGGCCUAGUUCCACGUCGACUUCUGAAUCCGCAUCCGCAGCUGUAGCUGCGGCGGCGGCGGUUCCCCAGUUGCCAGGCAUUUCGGCGCUUGCCCAGGCCAAUAACUCUGCGACAAGCUCGCCCCAGAUGCGAGAAGCGAUUCCCGCGCCCGCUCCCGUUGCCGCCUCCACACCGACUCAGGUGCCCGCGCCCGCGCCAGCUCCCGCGCCGACGCCGACUUACGCUUCUGGCGGAGGCUCCACCACGGGUCGUCCGCGUCCGAUUUCGCUCAAGACCGACGUGAUCAAGAGCCGAAACCGAGUGAAGACGAUGCGACCUGAUCUUGCGUCUAAGAAGAAGCAACAGCAGCAGCAGCAACAAGCUCACCAAUUUGGCGCAAACGAUCCGAACGGCCUCGACAUCCAUGGGCAUAACCAGCGCAGACCGUCGCAAAAGCAAAAUGGCAAUCCGGACGGCUCUGACUCCCCCGUUUCUCGUACCGCGACCCCGUCUCUAUACAACCCGAGUCUACCGGUCUUUCAGGGCAUGGAUGAUGCGCAGCUCCAGGCUGGGCUGCAAGGCUUCAACGUUUCUGGGUCGGACAACCGCUCGGGCUCCCCCCUGAAUGGUGACCGCCAUCUCGAUGUCCCACAAACACAUGAGCAGCUUAUUGCCGCCAAUUCGGCCCUCAAAACCCGUGUUAGUGAGCUGGAGCUGAUCAACGAACUCUUCCGCGGUCGACUCAGCCAAAUGGAGCAAGACGAAGCGAGCGCAAGAAGGGGGCAGGAAAUCAGCGGCAAGGCCGAGGCUCAACUGCGAGCCCAACUUGAGAGCAGUAAAAAACAACUGGAUGAAAGCCAUCGCAGAGAGAACAACCUGAAGCGGCGUCUUGACGAAAUGGAGCUCGAGUUGAAGGAGGUAAACGACGCCCUGGACCUCUCGGACUCUGGCCGCGCAGCAAAAAAGCCUCGGGUUGCCGAGGCGGUUAGCAGCGCCGGCGCCGGCAGCGCAGCAGGUGAUGGUAGUGGUGGCGGCGGAGAAUCCGAGGUCUCUACUCCCCAAUCCGCCGCGAACUGA